AUGAUUCAAGAAGUUCCUAAAAGCAACGAUGUGAAUAUAGAUCUAACUGAGAGUACAGAACCACAGUGCCCGCAUAGCAUGCGUCUUGUUCCUAUUUGGGAGAUGUUAGCUGACGCCAUCAGCGCUAACAGAACUCGCGUUGCUAUGAUAGAUUGCGAACAAGCAUCUCUCGUUUGUAAGCACCAGGAAAUAAAAGAAUACCCUACGCUCUGGUUUUUCCGCGAUGGACAAAAAACUGGAAGAUUUCAAGGAUCACGGAACGUUGAAGCGUUAACACAAUUCGUUGCAGAAAAAUCUACAGACGAACCGGAAGUGUUUGUUAAAGAACUAACGGCUGAGACUUUUCAAACUGAGUUAUCAACUGGUUUAGUGUUCGUGAAGUUCUACGCCCCUUGGUGUGGCAACUGUAAACGUUUCGCCCCGACCUGGGCCACCUUGAGCCGGGAGCUACACGGCCAUCCAGUGAGUAUAGCCAGGUUGGACUGCAGCCAGUUCAAGAGUCUGUGUGAGCAGUACGAGAUUACCAAGUAUCCAACCCUGAAAAUAUUUCGGUAUGGCGACCUGGUGGCCUCGUAUAAUGGAGAACGGACGAUGGUGGAUCUGCAGAACUUUGUUGAGAAACACACGGAGCUGUGA